AUGAAUCAAGACCACUCAGGAGAACUGGAUUUGAGCGGACUCAGUAAAAGAGAACAGCAAAGGCAGAAACUUCUUGUGGCACUAGAUCCAGAUGCCGCCUCAGAAAAGUUUAAGAAACAAGGAGGAGUUGUAAUAGCAACGAAUCUGGAUCGUGCUUUCAAAAAAAGAUGCAAUGAUGAAGAGAAAGUCGAGUUGGGAAAUGUUGAAUACGAUGAAAAGGACAAUGAACAAUAUGAUUUCGGAGAAGAACACGACAAGUUUGAGCCGGUAAAGUCAAAAAUUCGAUCGAAGACGAAGUCAGUGGAAUAG